CGCUCGACCACCGCUCCUUCUCCUUAUUCAGUCUCUGGGUCGCUCGACCACCGCUCCUUCUCCUUAUUCACUCUCUGGGUCGCUCGACCACCGCUCCCUCUCCGUAUUCAGUCUCUGGCUCGCUCGACCACCGCUCCCUCUCCUUAUUCACUCUCUGGCUCACUCGACCACCGCUCCCUCUCCUUAUUCACUCUCUGGCUCACUCGGCCACCGCUGCUCUCUCUCAAACUAACGAAAACCAACCAAAGGAAGCCUCUUGGUAUUUUCCCGCAUAGAAGCCGGGUUCACGAAGCGAGGAUGCAACUGGCAGAGUAUCAUAGUCUGGUCCAUGAGCUCCGCCUGGUUUCAGUGAUAUUUUUGGCCAUUGCAGCACGACGUCGGGUUGCGUUUCUCCAAAAUUUGAUUGUGUUUAAAGUUUUCACUGCAGGGCCGCAGCCUAAACGCAUCACCCACAUUCAAAUGAAUGGGAGGACUGCUGUUUCACUUGAUUUGGUGUGAAUACGAGUGGUUCUUGCAUGAGGCCCAUUGUUUCGCACAGCCACCACAGUCUCACCAGCAUAUGAAGUAGCUAACGUGUUAACAAACAGCUAACACAGAGCAACGUGAGCAUCCCGUCAGAGUCGUGUUUGAGGGAUGAUCUUGUUGCUCUGGCUGCUGGAUGUGUAACUGGUCAGCUGAGAAGUUGUUAAUGUGUUUUCAGCUUGUUCUGCUGCUCACAAGUCGUAAAAGAAUCAAUUAAUGCAGCUUUAAAGGAAAAAUAGAGAAUAAAAUGAUCCAAACUCCAGGUUGUCUUUUCUCCCUACAUGCUGUUAUUUGUUUUAUUUACGACAACAGAUUUGUUGUGAGCAGUUUCAUGUAGGAACUAUCAGUAGAAAGAAAAUAGUUCCUACAUGAAACUGCUCACAACAAAUCUCUGCCAUAUAGUCCUGUUAUUUUCAAAAAAGGGCAGACAUCUCUGCGGCCGAUAUCUCCAAAACUCUGCAACUCACACCAAAACAAUCCAGAUGGAUAAACAGCUCUACAGGUGAGAGGAGAAAUAGGUGUUUGUGAUUUUAGAGUGAACUGUCCCUUUUAAGAAGGAGCGGAACCUUUGGUUUGGUCGCUUUUCAGUCGGACAAAAUUAGUGUGCGUGCGCAUCACAAGCGGUGCCAUCAAGGAAAUGCAUCAAGUUUUCAAACUUGAGACUUUCUCCGAAGAAUAUGGCGACGCUUAACGUGAUGUCUGUUUCCUCGGUGGACUCUGUGGACUAUAAACUGUCUAAAGCGGAGAUCCUGAGAGGAAUCAUCACCGAGAAACUGACAACAGCCGCGCAGGAAAUCUUCGCGGUUGUAGAGAGAACCGUAGCCGGUUACGAGGAGGAGGCUUCGGGCUUGAGGCAGGAGAUCCACCGGCAGAGGAGGCAGCUGGAGCUUCUCCUGCAGCCUCGGGUCGCACUCUGCAGGAUAGAUGACCAGUUUCCUGUCUCUGAGCCGGCGGCUGGAGGAGCAGCUGAACUCCCUGAAGAGGAAGUGCGGCACAAAUAUGAGCAGAAUGUGGAGGACUCGAGGAGCCGGGACAUCUUAGGCCACGCUGAGGAGGAGGAGGGUGAAGAUGAGAAGGAGGAGUCUGUUGAGGAACCAGCACAGAACACCAGUCUAGAUCAGGAGGAUCUCAGGGAUCCGGAUCAUCAGAUAUCAAAUCCUAGAGGUCAGUCUGUGAGGAGGAAGCGCUGGAGGCGGGCUCCUCUAAACCUCAGAGUCUGUCUGUUAGAGGACUCUCAGACAAAUGUGCUCAAAAAAGGCGUGUUAAAGUCUCCAGUGCAGGACCUGAGGUGUCCUCAAGGCCUCAGUAAGCACAUUUUGAUACCGUGCCAAAGAUGAAGAUAAAUUUAAAUAAUGAAACUGCUUAUUUUCUACCUUCAGUUCUGUAGAAAAAGUGGAGAGCAACCAAGAAGAUCGUCUCUCCGGCAACUCGAGCCAGCAACAACAAGUGGAAACAGACGAAAACGGAGAACAACGUGGAAUAUCAGAACCAGAUGACUUUAGUGAUCUUUCUUUUGCCCGCUCUGCAGCUGAGAGCGAAGGGGAAGAUGGAGAUGAUGAUGAUGAUGAUGAUGAUGAUGAGGUGGUGGAGGAAGAUGACAGAGAUGACGACUGGAAACCAGACAACAAUGACGAGGAGCUGAGGGAGAGCGAAGCUGAACCGAACUCAUCAAAGACGACGAGGAAGCGACGAGUUGAACAUUCAGGCGUCCAAAUGAUGCAGUCGCCUCUGAAGGCAUCGACUGAUAACAGCGACGCUCCUCUGUCCUGUAAGGUCUGCCGAGCUCUGUGCGGGUCAACGAACGUGUUGAUUAAACAUUCCUGGAGUCACGUGGACGAUCCAGAAAGGCUUUGUGGAGUGUGUGGAGAAGAGAAGGAGUCUGCAGAGGAACUGAAGAGUCAUCUUCAUCAAAGUCACCAGAAAACACACAGCUGUAACAUCUGUGGAAAGUGUUUCCUCACUGUUGUUGGUUUAAAUAGGCAUGCUACUCUACACACUGGAGAGAGACCAUACAAAUGUGAUAUCUGCCAUAAAGCAUAUACGCUGAAGUCUACUUUGAGGCUUCACCGGUGGGAACAUGUGGAGGAGAAACCACACAAAUGUGAUGUCUGUAAUCAGUCUUUUGUUUUUAAACAGCAGCUGAGGAUUCACAGCAGGAUUCACACAGGUGAGAAGCCUUACCGCUGCGAUGAGUGCGGUAAAUCUGUCAGUGACUUUCGAUCUUUAUCCCGACACAAGUUGGGUCACGCUGGGGAAAAACGUUACAGCUGUCAGGUUUGUGGGAAGCGGUUUUUAACUCCUGGAAAAGCAAAACAACAUGAGAAAAUACACACAGAUAGAGACAAAACGCACCUCUGCGAUGUUUGCUGCAAAGCGUUCCACACAGGAGGUCAGUUAAAGGCUCACCUGAAAACACACAGCGAGGAGAAGAUCGUGUGCAGCGAAUGCGGUAAGGGAUUGUCAUCUCAAGGAGCUCUGAGGAGACACAUGAUGAUCCACACUGGGGAGAGACCGUACGGAUGCUCAGACUGUGGACGAACCUUUAACUGUAGGAAUAUUCUCAGAGCCCAUCUGAAAACCCAUUCAGGCAUCAAACCGUUUGUCUGCGGGGUUUGUGGGAAAGCGUGCGCUCGCAAAGAACACUUGACGGUCCACAUGAGGACCCACAACGGGGAGAGACCGUACCAGUGCACUGUCUGCGACAAAGCCUUCACUCAGAGCCACUGUCUGAAAACACACAUGAGGAGCCACCAGGGGGAAGAACAGUCAGCAGUGGAUGGACAGAAGUCCUGAAAGCCUGAAAGUGUCUGUUCCUUUUCUACUGUUUGGAAAAACUCAGCAAAAUGUUUUAAUAAUUUCCAGGACCUGUACGCCUCCAGGACUUUUAUGCCUCCAGGACCUGUACCCCUCCAGAAAGGUUGUGGCUGACCCUUCCCACCCUGGACACAAACUGUUUCAGACACUCCCCUGUGUCUGUGGUCCAUCAGGACUAAAACCUGACGCCACAUAAACAGCUUCUUUCCAUCGGCAGCCUCAUCAGUUCCUUGUAUGUGUAAACCUGCUUGGCAAUAAAGCUGAUU